AUGCCUACAGCUACUACUGAGCAAUUGAAUGCAUACAAGUUCACGUCAGUGAUUACUUUACUUCUUUCCAUCUAUGGAAGCUUGACAUACACUGGUAUCCCAGAGGGUCACAUUUCAUUUACUCCAUACACCUCCUCAGAUUUCCUUCUUUUCAUCUACUGGGGUGUUUUGUACUUGUGGCAAAUUGUCUACAUUGUACAAAUUUUCUUCCCUGACGAAUACAGAAUCUCCAUCAUUUCUGUUGUCGGGUGGCAUUUCCCAAUCUUUAAUGUCCUUACUUAUAUUUGGGCAGAGUUUUUCUCAUCGGGCCACUUUUUCCUUUCUGAAAUCACCUUGAUUUUGAACUUUUUCAACAUCUUGGUCUUGUACUUUGCACACAAGACCUUUAGCUUGAGACCAUUGGGCAACUGGCUAUUGAUCCACGUCCCCAUUGUAGCAUUGCCAAUGGCAUGGUUGCUCAAUGCAAUCUUUUGGAAUGGUGCUGUUUGGUUGCAUAUCCACAAGACUUGGGGCAGAAUCUUGGCCAAUGUGUUUAUCUGGAACUUUUUGCUUGUGCCAGGCUUUUUCUUGUUGGUGUUUAACGAUUGGGCCACUGGAUUGGGUUUCUCCUACUUGUUGUUUGCUUUGGCUAUUGGACAAUUGGAGAAUAAGGUGUUUGCCUUGCAAUGGAUCUUUGCCUUUACUAUUGCCGGUAUCUUGUUGGUCUGGAGUGUUGUUGCGGCAAUUGUAGGUGGCAUUAGACUGACUGCCGGUGAAAAUGCACCAUUAUUGGUUGUCGAAGAAGAACAAACGGCAUAA